AUGUCAAAAAUAAAUUUUUCUUGUACCCCUGAUAUAAAAUACAUUGAUACUCCUGAGUUUUUAAUAUCAAGUUUCCACAUCGCUUCAGUUGUAUCAGCUCCAAUUCAUGUCUUCGGAUUAUUUUGUAUUUUAUUCAAAACGCCCACGCAAAUGAUCACAGUUAAACGAUGCCUAUUGAUUCUUCACGGAUGGAUUGUCGCAACUGAUUAUACUUGCUCGGUUUUCACUAUUCCAUUGAUUCUAGCACCCAGACCCGCUGUAAUGAUGCUAGGUGUCUUGAAAGAUACCAGUAUUCCAGUUGAUGUAAUAUUAAUGAUAAUGAUAAUCCUUAUAGGAUAUAUUAUUUGAAAAAGUUUUGUCUUGAGCGUCAACGCAAGCCUGCGGCACGCUUUUUUCUCGCUUGUUUCGUGCGGUAAUUUGCAGUUUUUUAUUCGUUUUCUGUUCGAAAUUCCACGAUUUAACUCGAUUUUGUUCGUUUUUUUGGAUAAAAAAGUGUUCAACUAUUUUUUAAAUGAGAAAUAAUUAAGUUUUCACAGUUUUUACUCGAAAAAUGCUCUGUUUGUCUCUCUUUCUGUAGAAUACGAUACAAAACGUUAAAAAAUCGCUUUCUCUUCUCAUUUUUCCUUUUUCCCAUUUUCUCUCUUAACAAUUAGCUUGUUUUUCAGGAAUGUCAGGAAUGAAAUGGCGAGUUUUUAACGUUUUGCAUCGUAUUUUACAGAAAGGGAGACAAACGAAGCAUUUAUUCUUGAUUAUUUUUCAUUUGAAAAAUAGUUGAACACUUUUUUAUCCGAAAAAACGAACAAAAUCGAGUGAAAUCGUGAAAUUUCAAACAGAAAACAAAUAAAAAUAACUGAAAAUUACCGCACAAAAAAAGCGAAAAAAAAGCGUGCCGCAGGCUUGCGUUGACGCUCCGCCUCCAACUAAACCACGCCCCUUUGCCGAAUGCAAAAUUGGCGGAGCGAUCGUUCUGUCGCGAGUGUAAUUGGUCAAUUUUUCGCAUAAAAAAUUUGGAACCGCAUUAAAAAUAGUGUUACUUUAGUAUUUCAACAAUUGUAACUGUGAAAGUUAAAAAAGGUUGGAAAAAUUUCCAAACAAAUUUUUUUUGUUGAUAUUUUUUUUCAUGCUCUGUGUGAAUUUCAAAAUUAUCAAAAAAAAGAACUUACUUGUUCCAGACUUACAAAAAAAGUAAAAUAGACUAGAAAUCACAUAUUUUCCUUGAAACCACAACCACCGCCCUUACUGACACCCCAAUAUUGCGCCGAGAGUGCGCUGAGAGUGCUGAGCAUCUUUGAAUGCUCACCCUCAGCUCAGAUCUGAAAUUUCGCAGCUAAAAAUUCACAUUUUACCAUUUCUAAACAUGGGCUUUCGAAUAAAACAUGUUUCGUUCAAAAAGCCGCUGGCACCUUCAGACCCUUUCCUAGUAAGCCUAUGCCUAAAAAAACAAAAAUCGAUUCUUCAUGGUCUGCACAUUUUCGUGGAAGCGCCAUUGGAAAUUCUGGAGACGUAUCUGGAUGGGAGUUCAUUAUUUGUUCGUAGUAGUCUUAUCCAUUCCCACUGUAUUGUUGGUUCCUGAGCAAAAAUCGGCGUUGCGAGCUGUGUACCAGGUGAGAGGAAGUGAAACUCCUUAUUUGGAGAAAAAAGAAUCAGAAAUUUCAGGUACUCCCGUGUCUGCCCAGAUAUAUUUACGAAGGUCCGGUGUUUGUAUUCACUGACGAUAUCACUUAUGUCUUUUGUAGUAUAACAUCAUGCGGAUUUUUUUACGCUUUCGAGUUGUCUCUUGUUGUCUUUUUGUUCUUGAUGAACACUAAGAAACAGCUGCAGGAACAGACAGUUUCUCGAAAAACUAUCAAGCUUCAAAGGAAACUGUUGAUCUCCCUGAUACUGCAAGUAACAAUCCCGUGUAUCUUCCUUUUUGUUCCAGCUGCUUAUGUCCUUUAUAUUGUUAUAAUUCGAUACUAUAAUCAAAGUUUCUUCAACAUUGCAGAAAUACUUUUCUCAAUGCAUGGUACUUGCUCCACAAUUUCUAUGGUUUUGAUUCAUCGUCCCUACCGAAAUGUAUUAACUUUUUUGGUUUCAAAAGUCACCAAAAAAUCGAAUCCCACAUCUAAAGUUCGUCCAGCCGGUGUGGUUCGCAUUGAACUUUAA